UGGCGCUGCGGUAGGAGGUCGGAGGCAGAAGGACGGAGUCGAUCGCUUCUCGUUGUCGCCUCCCCUACCGCCUCGGGCCGUGUCGCGCUGUGUCCGGCCUGAGAGGAGGAUGUCGGGCUCCGGGUCGUUCCCCCUCGCGGCCUGCCUGUUGCUGGCUGCCGCCAGCCUCAUCUCGGGUCCCGCCGCAGCGCAGAACGAGCCCAGGAUCAAUGCCAGCGAGGAAGUGACCAUUCACCAGUCUAGUCCUCCCAUCAUCCUGCAAUGUAACCUCACCACAAGUCCCAGCCCCCUCACUUACAGCUAUUGGGUGAAGAAUGGGGAAGAAAUUUCUGGCACUAAGAAGAAUUCCAACACCACAGAGCACAAGAUUUUGAAACUCCGAGCAGACGAGUCGGGGGAAUACUUAUGUGUGUUCGUGUUUGCUAACUCGCCUGUAGCCAACGCCACUAUAGAAGUGAAAGCUAGUCCUGAUAUCACUGUCCACAAGCGAAGUGAGAACAAAAAUGAAGGGCAGGAAGCGGUCAUGUAUUGCAAGUCUGUGGGCUUCCCCCAUCCCGACUGGGUGUGGCGCAAGAAGGUCAAUGGAGUAUUUGCGGAAAUCAACAACUCCUCUGGCCGAUUCUUCAUUACAAAUAAAGACAAUUACACUGAGCUGAGUAUCACAAACCUCCAGAUAAGUGAGGAUCCCGGCGAGUAUGAGUGCAAUGCAACCAAUAUAAUUGGCUCUACCUCUGCCACCACCAUCCUGCGAGUGCGCAGCCACUUGGCCCCUCUCUGGCCCUUCUUGGGGAUAUUGGCAGAGAUUAUCAUCCUUGUUGUUAUCAUAGUGGUUUAUGAGAAGAGGAAGCGGCCAGAUGAAGUCCCAGACGACGACGAACCAGCUGGGCCAAUGAAAAGCAAUUCUACAAACAAUCACAAAGAUAAAAACUUACGCCAGAGAAACACAAAUUAAAAAUAAUGCGUAUAAUAGCUUUAAGUUUCUGAGAGACUGAUGGCAAUAUAACCUGCUAAAUUAAUGGUUGGAACUCUUGGUUCUAGAACUCCAGUUCUAUUUGAUUUUUCCUUUCAAGUGAGCAACAAUAUGACUGUCUAAAAAAGCAUGCCUUAUUUAGCCUGUCCUGUAAGGAUGACGUACCCAGACACAUUUUAACAAUGCUUCAGUGUAGAAGGUGUAAACUAUUUUGGGCUUGAUGUGCUGUGAAUGUUGCUUUUUUCCCUUAAGGUAUUUAAACAUUAGAAGUAAAGUCAAAUCAUGCAUGCGCCAUUUUUUACUUUCUUAAUGUAGCUGUUAAAUUGGCAAAGCUCUAAAAUGCACUGCUGCCAUCUAGUGAUAACUUUUUGUAAAGUACAGCAAAACCUAAAAAUAUAUACAGUAUAUAUUUAUAUUUUUUGGGAAGAGGAAAACCAAAAUACAGUAAGUGUUUCAUUUUUAAGCUGCUGAUAUUCAUUCCUUAUAUUGUAUGUCUGAGAGAUGAGAGAAUUAUACUGUUCUGAUACUUAAAGAGGAGUAAUAUAAGUUGAAAUUAUUUUAAGGGCUUAACCUAUAUAGAAAGAUUUGGGUGUCCUGUAAUCAAAGACUUUAAAAGCUGGAACAGUCCAACAAGUGGUGAUGAAUUGUAGUACAAACUUCAGUUUAUAAAUAUAUGUGUGUGUGUGUGUGUGUGAUUGCUUUUUAAGUGUGGUGUUUGUUUUUUUUGUUAAAUCAUGUAAAUUCUCAAAUCCUUUUGCACUGAUGUGUUCAACAUAUUCUUGUACAUUCAAUUCAGGCAACUUUUAUAAUUUACUUUUUUGUUUUAAAUGAUGUUGAAAUGUUACAGCAUGGUGAUAGUCUAUGCAACUAGUAAUACUCUUCAGUUUUACACUGUAAUUUCUCAUGUUCAUUUAAAGAUUGAUUGUAGAAUUACAGACCUAACAGGGUUCUCAUGCCGUGCAUAACUGUAGAUGCAUGAACUUGUGUUCUGUGUAUUUGUUGAAGUGCAAUGAUGUAUAAAAAGUGGAUUCACCUGUUUUUAAAAAUAAAACACUGACCAAAAAAACCCCA